ACGGACACCUAUUACGCAACACGCCACCGGCCGAUGUUUUUCUAAACUUCGAUUAUCGCAGAUAAUGAAAACUAAUCGCCUUGCGGGAGACUCCGGAGACUCCCCACUCGCACUCGCGCCAUUCAGCCACAGUACCUUUACCGUUGCCCGCGAAAAAACGCGUCCGUCGAUUUAAAAAGUUUCGUUUUAUUUUUAAAUUGCGUAGAUUAUAAAUAGUGGAUGCUCCCCGCGUCAGCCGCUGUGCGAGAGACGACGCAGAGACAUGUACCGACUAGUAAUCCUUUUGAUCGCCGCCGCGGCAGCCGCGCCGCAGGACAACAGCAUAACCUUCAUAAAGAGCCUGCCACGGACCGAAGAGCCGUUGCCUCCGCCCGAAGAGCCGGUGCCAGCGCCCUCGUACGCCUCUUCACAUAUAGAGAACCUGCCUUUGAGCAGCCAAGAAACCUCGGAUUACAGGACAGAAGAAGACAGUAGCAAGCAGGAGUACCUGGACACUUCAGCUGACUCGAGUCCAGAUGAGCAGACCACGGAUUCCACGGAAGAGUCCACGUUGGAAGAGUCCACGGAAACAAACGAAGCCACUACGGUUACGGAGAGAUACCUGCCUAAAACUACGCCUAAGCUUCUCCCUGUUAAAAGUGAAUAUUUUCAGUUUCAGCUUAAGAAAUCCCCACCAAAAUUCUACUCAAAACUCAGCUACUUCGAGAAGCCAAGCUACUCCGCGCCCACCAACUUGGUGGACCGCUCCGCCAAACGCAAGUUCCGAUCCAACUGCCGCUGCGAGAAGAUUUCCAACUGCCCCAAACUGCAGAUCACAGUGCCACGGUGUCCGGAGGAAUAUUUCUUGUGCUGCUUUUAAAAUGUUAUACUAUCUAGGUACUUAUAGUUUG